UGGUUAAAGUCAUACGGCUAUCUACUUCCCUCUGAUUCACGGGCAUCUGCGUUGCACUCAGGGAAGGCCUUACAGUCAGCAGUCUCCACUAUGCAGCAGUUUUACGGGAUCCCAGUCACCGGUGUGUUGGAUCAGACAACAAUCGAGUGGAUGAAGAAACCUCGAUGUGGUGUCCCUGAUCACCCUCACUUGAGCCGCAGGCGGAGGAAUAAGCGCUACGCCCUGACUGGACAGAAGUGGAGGCAAAAGCACAUCACCUACAGCAUUCACAACUACACCCCAAAGGUGGGUGAACUGGACACACGGAAAGCUAUUCGCCAGGCUUUUGAUGUGUGGCAGAAGGUGACUCCACUGACCUUUGAAGAGGUGCCAUACCACGAGGUCAAAAGUGACCGGAAGGAGGCAGACAUCGUGAUCUUUUUUGCUUCUGGCUUCCAUGGUGACAGCUCCCCGUUUGAUGGGGAAGGGGGAUUCCUGGCCCAUGCCUACUUUCCUGGCCCAGGGAUUGGAGGAGACACUCACUUUGACUCAGAUGAGCCAUGGACACUCGGAAAUUCCAACCAUGAUGGCAAUGACCUCUUCCUGGUGGCUGUGCAUGAGCUGGGCCACGCACUGGGCCUGGAGCACUCCAACGACCCCAGUGCCAUCAUGGCACCCUUCUACCAGUACAUGGAGACGCACAACUUCAAGCUGCCCCAGGAUGAUCUUCAGGGCAUCCAGAAGAUCUAUGGACCCCCAGCUGAGCCUCUGGAGCCCACAAGGCCCCUCCCUACACUCCCCGUCCGCAGGAUCCACUCACCAUCUGAGAGGAAGCAUGAGCGCCAGCCCAGGCCCCCUCGGCCACCUCUCAGGGACCGCCCAUCCACACCUGGCGCCAAACCCAACAUCUGCGAUGGCAACUUCAACACAGUGGCCCUCUUCCGGGGAGAGAUGUUUGUGUUUAAGGAUCGCUGGUUCUGGCGCCUGCGCAACAACCGGGUGCAGGAAGGUUACCCCAUGCAGAUCGAGCAGUUCUGGAAGGGCCUGCCCGCCCGCAUAGAUGCAGCCUACGAAAGGGCGGACGGCAGAUUUGUCUUCUUCAAAGGAGACAAGUACUGGGUGUUUAAGGAAGUGACAGUGGAGCCUGGGUAUCCCCACAGCCUGGGGGAGCUGGGCAACUGUCUGCCCCGGGAAGGCAUUGACACAGCUCUGCGCUGGGAACCUGUGGGCAAGACUUACUUCUUCAAAGGCGAGCGGUACUGGCGCUACAGUGAGGAGCGGCGGGCCACAGACCCUGGCUACCCCAAGCCCAUCACCGUGUGGAAGGGCAUCCCACAGGCACCCCAAGGGGCCUUCAUCAGCAAAGAAGGAUAUUACACCUACUUCUACAAGGGCCGAGACUACUGGAAGUUUGACAACCAGAAACUGAGCGUGGAGCCAGGUUACCCACGCAACAUCCUGCGUGACUGGAUGGGCUGUAACCAGAAGGAGGUAGAGCGACGCAAGGAGCGGCGUCUGCCCCAGGAUGAUGUGGACAUCAUGGUGACCAUCAAUGACGUGCCAGGCUCUGUGAAUGCGGUGGCUGUGGUCAUUCCCUGCAUCCUGUCCCUCUGCAUCCUGGUGCUGGUCUACACCAUCUUCCAGUUCAAGAACAAGGCAGGCCCUCAACCUGUCACCUACUAUAAGCGGCCAGUCCAGGAGUGGGUGUGAGCAUCCCAGAGCCCUCUCUGUCCACUCGGUCUGGCCAGCCAGGCCCCUCCUCACCAGGGCCUGAGGGCAGCUCCGGGCACUGCCCACCGGGGCCAGCAGGGCCCUAGGCCAGGGUCGUGCAGCUGAAGUGGUGGAUGCAUUGUCCUAGGCUGAGUGUCGGGCAGGGAGUGAUGGGGGGCUGUGUCUGGGGUGGGUGUCUGGCACCCAGCUGCCAGCCUUCUAUUCUGGGUAAAUUAUUCCCUAUUCAAGGGAAUAGUCCAGGCCCCGUCAGGAGGUAGGGACCCUGUCCAGGGAGCACCCAUGGUCACCACGUCCUUGGGCCUGCCUAUGAGGCGCCACAGCCCCAGGCCUGGCUCGGGCUCCACACCUGUGGGAAGCCAGCACGAGCUCUCUCACCCCCAUCUGGGAGAUGCCACCAGUCCUGGCCCCCCCCUUUUGCCAACACCUGCUGGUCAGAUGUCCCUCACAUACCCCAGUCCUCCAAGGCUACAGGAUACCUGCUGCCAACACGGUGGGCAGCAUGCCUAGGUUUCCCCUGCUGGAAUACAGCAGAUUCCUCAGGAAACCUGUUCCACAUUGUCAAGAUCUCCUCUGAAACCCAGGAUGUAGGGUCACAUGCUGCAGGCAGGGCUGUGGCCCAUCUGGGUCUGACAAGGACCCAGCAGUCACGUGAAUAUUUA